GGGAAACUUAACUGUGCUGGAGAUGGACUUUGGGCAUCCAACUCGUGCUCCUGCCUUUCAGCAUUGUUGUGAAGGUUGGAAUGCUUUGGUUGAAUGAAAGCAUCUCUUCCGGAACAUGAACUGGACAGACCUCCAUGGGGUCUGAGCACUCUGACCAUGAGCACUGGAACGAGGCCAGGAACAACCCACAGGGAGUGAACGAGUCAACAACGGUCUGCAGCCUGCAGAUGCAACUCUUCGAUACAUCCAUGGCUUCAUUCAUGCACCUCCUUCGGAAGAUGUGCACCAUUGGACCAUGUGUGUAUCAAAAGGUGCAAGUGAUGUUUUGAAACACCCUUUUGAAGAUACCUACCUCCCGUCUCAAUGAAAGCUGUAGCCGUUGGGCUCAAAUCACGCGACGUGUUUAGUCCAAAGAACGCGCUGCUGCGGUGCCCGCACAGCCAUGGAGACACACGAGUUGAGACGAUCCUUGCGAGCGCUUCAAGAGCAGCAGGAGCGCUCCCUACUGUCCAUCGUCACCUUCCUGGAGGAUCUGGAUCAGAAGCCAGCGCUCCACGACACGGAGCCGAAUGGACUAAGCUCCACCAAUCCUCGCGCCACAGUGGCCAGUGUGGCGUCGCGCUUCUGGACCAACCCGGACGUGUUGAAGGAGCAAUUAGAGUCCGAGAUGGACGUGAUGCGCGGCGGCUCGGUGCAGACCACGACUUCGGCGCGGCUGCGCAAGGGAGCGGGGCGAAGCUUCCUCAUGAAGAUGGCGAACGGUUCCAAGUUCAAGGAUCUCUUGAAAGAAUCCUUCGACCACAUUGACGGAGAGGUCAAUUGGUGGAACUGCUCGGAGAUGUGUCGCUGGAUCCUGACGCGGCCGCAGUUCGAUUGGUUCAUGGGUGUGAUCAUUUUCAUUAAUAGCAUUUGCAUUGGCAUCGAAACGCAGAAGUCGAUCCCCGGUGCUGGCCCCGAUUGGCUUCCUGACUGGCCCGGCGAGAUUGUCGACUGGAUCUUUAUCUCAAUCUACCUGGUCGAGAUCUGCAUGCGGCUCUUGGCCUUUGGCCGCUCCAACCUCCACGACGGCUGGUUCUUGUUUGACAUUGUGCUCGUUGGUAUGGGCAUUUUGGGGAACAUCUUCGGGCUGAUUGUGGCAAGCGAAGGCGAGAAUGCCUUCGGAAAGAUCUUGGUGGUGCGAUCCUUACGACUCUUGCGCUUAGUGAGGGCGAUUCGAAUGCUCCACGUCUUCCGCACCGCCUGGCGCUUGGUCUACGGCUUGUUGACCUCCGGCAAUGCCAUGCUGUCAACCUUCUUCAUUCUCCUGCUGACGCUGUACAUCUUCGCUUGCUUAGGCGUGGAGCUCAUCACCAAGGACUCGGAAUUGAAGACGCACCCAGAUACCAAAGAGAUCGUGCAGUACUACUUCGGCAGCUUGCAAAGGACCUUAUUGACGAUGGUCUCCUUCGUGAGUUCGGAUUCCAUCUCUUCCGUGUAUAUCCCCAUUUGCAUCGUCCGCCCAGAGUACAUUCUAUUUUUCAUCCUGGUGGUCCUCACGGUCUCAGUCUCCUUGAUGAACCUCGUGACGGCCGUUUUGGUCGAAGGCGCCUUGGCCAACGCAGCCAAUGACAAGGAGCUUUCGCGCCAUGAUUUGAAGCUGAAGGUGAAGAAGUUUGCGCCGAAGAUUAUGGAUGUGUUUAGCGACAUGGACGUGGACAGCAACGGCGUCAUCGAUCGCCAAGAGUUGGCAAAGCUCAACCUGAGUCAGUUGCCCUUCGAGCUGAACUCCACCCACGUCGCCAACAUGGAGGACCUCUUUGACAUGCUCGAUGUCGAUGGCAAAGGGCAUCUAUCGUUAGUGGAAUUCGCAGAUGGCUUGUUGAACCUACUAACGCCCCACGGCUCUGAAAUGGUCCAGAUUCAUUCACCGCAUCUCCCUAUCUAUAUCUCUCUCCCUCUCUCUCAUUCUCUCUCUCUCUCUCUCUCUCUCUGAAGCCCCCUAUUUGGGAGAUACUCGAUUCAUUGCAAAUACCUGCCCAAGAAUGUUUUCUGGUGGUCUGGUUCAGCAAUGAUAGUUCAGCAAUGAAAAGGGGCUCAUCGAUUCCAGGGCUUUGCUUGAGCUUUGUGCAAAACAAGUGGGUUGGAGGCCAGCGGCGCUUUGCACGACUGAGGAUGGACGUGCCAAUACAUACGAUGAAGACCUUCAAGCUGCUGAACAUGCAGGCGGUGACCUUGGACCAGAUCAAGUCUCGGAUCACCUUGCUGGAAGCCACCUUCCGGACGGCGCCCAAAGAAACUUUCUGAGCACCUCGGUUGGCACUGGACCUCGCGUCGAACACAUGGCACUGGCACAGCUGUGGUGCCAAAGUGCAGCCUUGAAGAGUUGGUCGAUGCUGGAGGAAAGAAACCCAAACACAAGCGAUGCCAGGAGCCCCUAGUAGCUUCUUGUUACUAGUGCAAGCCCAACUCCUUUGAGAUUUGUUUGUGCAAGAGAUGCG